AUGGACAGCUUCAGCUUCAUUAUGUCAAGAGCUGGAGGCAAAGCUGGAAAAGACAGUGGGAAGGCCAAAGCUAAAGCAGUGUCUCGCUCGCAGAGAGCUGGGCUACAGUUUCCAGUGGGCCGCAUCCACAGACAUUUGAAGACUCGAACCACGAGCCAUGGAAGGGUCGGUGCCACAGCUGCAGUGUACAGUGCUGCCAUUCUGGAGUACCUCACUGCUGAGGUGUUGGAGCUGGCAGGUAAUGCGUCCAAGGAUCUCAAAGUGAAGCGGAUCACUCCACGUCACUUGCAGCUUGCGAUCCGUGGAGAUGAAGAAUUGGAUUCUCUUAUCAAAGCUACCAUAGCUGGGGGUGGUGUGAUCCCUCACAUCCACAAGUCUCUGAUUGGAAAGAAGGGACAGCAGAAAACUGCUUAGGGUGUUGUUUUAGUCAACCCUCUUCCUGCCCGUCAUUGUACUGUAACUGGAACAGAAGAAACAAUGGGGAUAUGUGGAGUUUUUAAGACAAUUAAAUGGAAGAGCAUAGACAGUUACUGUAGACAUAGUAAAAGCAACAUUUGUACGUUCUUAGACUCAAAGUUUGAUAAAAGUACCUUUUCAUGUGGAACAGUUGUGUUGAUUGACUAGGUUUGUCCCAUAUGUUUUAUACAAAAAUGGAAUUGAUAAACCAUUUUUUACAAAAGUAAUUUGUCUCAAAGCUGUCUGUUCAUGAUGUGUUGGAAAUUUUUUGCUCAUACUUAGAAAUUUUUUGAAUUUCAAAUUGGUUAUCAUAUAUAUUCAGAAUAACCUUAAAGCAAAUUAUGGGAGUAUAGCUUUAUCAUGAUUGGUAACAUGUUAUAUUUAAUCUUCAAUGCUAUCCAUUUGUGGUACAUACUGUUAUUUUGCAUACCACUAAAAGAAAGAAAAAAUUCUGCCUGUUACCAUGUGUGCAGUGCAUCCCAACCUCAGAGAUGUUAGAAUAUGAAAAUGUGCAUUUACAAUUAAUGACCUAAUAUAGUAUGGUUACUACAAUGGCAGACCCUAUAUUAAGUGUUUUACUGAUUAAGAAAUUUUAUUGCCCCUACUUAAAAAUGUGGAAACUACAGCUCACAGAAGAUAAGUGCUUUGCCAGAAAACACCUUGUUUCUAUCUUAGAAGGUAAAAAGUGGCAAAGUUAGGAUACAAACCUAGAUUUGGUUUACUCCAUAGUUCCCACUGUUACCUAGAAUUGAAGUUAAAUUGUAUCAAAGAUUUCUGCUUUUGGCUUUAAAUUGCAGCUUCUGGUGGUUUUUUAUUGGUACAGAACAUUCAGAAAUUUGCGCAGUAUUUAAAAAAAUAUUUCUUUGUCAGUUUCUAAGCAACUAUUGUAAGAUUUAAUUUAAUGUACCAGUUCACAGCCCAUCAGAAAAUUAUAUUUUUCUGCCUGGAAGUCUUCAUUAAAAGAAAAUUUUUUUUAAUGUUUUAUAAUAA